AUGGCCUCUCUCGGCCCUGCGGUCUCAUCGCUACGCUCGUCUCUCUCGUUGCUGGAAUCGAGCAUAUCUAUUCUCGACGAAGGAGUCUCCGAUUUUCCUCGUCUAUGCAAGGUCCUCCAGACCCAGCAACAUUUUGAGUUACUUCCCGAACCUACUCUGCGAGAAGCGCAACAGUCUCUUGUCGAUGAGAUUGUCCCGGCGAUCGACCAGUUAUUGUCAAUCGCAGAAAACCACGUCAACCAACUUGCAAGGAGGGAAGCAGGCCUGAAAGCGCGUUCAGAGUUGUUGGAAGGACGCUUGAACAACAAUAGAAGAAAUUCAAGCUUCGGUGGAGAUAUUCGACCCUUUCAGAAUACAACCUCAACCCAGGCUGCCGGGUUGGCUGAUUCGAAGGUGCUGGAGAUGAAGCGGCUGCAGCAGAAGAAAGAAAGACUGCAAUAUGCUAUUGAAAGACUGGAACUGCAAAGCAAGCAAAGGGAACGGGAGCUGCGGAAGAGCAUGGCUAUUGUGAGGGAGUGA